AUGAGAGAAGUUAAUUUUAGCCUUCCGAAUGGCAAUAAGGCUUCGGUUGGCAUUACAAAUGCCCUUUAUGAUCGUAGAGCGUUAGACUGUACCUCAACUUUACCUCUUAUCAGCUCUUUGAACCAUCUCUCACAACUUACUACCUCCUCAGCUCGGAUUAGAGACAUUCUGACGGUCGAUGGUGGUGUUGAGCGACUCGUCUGCCUACUUAAGGCAGGCCGAAGUAAAGAUCCCAUGGAUAGGUGGAAAUGGAAUCUUGCUUUUCAAUGUGUUGUGAACGUAGGCGUUAGGGGUUCGGAGAAUGUUCGUACACGUGUGGUAGAGGCAGAUAUAGUUCCCGUCAUUGCAACUAUACUCGACAAUUAUAUAAAAGUGAUGGAUCGAUAUCGAGAAAAAGCUGAAGAGGCUAUUCACGCCCAAGAGAAGAAACUCAAUGGUUCUCAAUCAAAUGACCAACAUAAAUUACAAAAAGACGCCUCCUUUGGGAAUCGAAGUGUCCAAUCCACCUCCGAAUUCCGCACUUCUCGGCGACAACCACCUCCAUCUAUCGACAUACCGGUUACGUUUGCCAACGCUCACAUAACAGGCGCAAAUGCCACGGAUAACAUUUCCUCAUUACCACAAGCUUCGCUCACCUCGCCCACCGAACGAGCAAGCACCAUGGCCAACCGAAAUCAACAUAACUAUCGCGCUCGUGAAUUUAGGCAAUCAUUUCUGCCACCUUCCCGUCACAAUAUUCAGCCAUUAGCCGCUGUACCAUCGAUAGAUACAACUGAUGGCUUUAGUAUUCGUCCUGUGCGUGAUGUAGAUCGCCUACCUUCAAUGACUCUUGGGUUCCAUAGCAGUCUUGCUUCUCAGCCAGAAUCACCCAUGACGCCGCUUCCCCCAAUUGCGAGGCCUUCGCUCAGAGCAACGCCAGACGCGAGACCUCAGCGGAGCCCUUCCCUUCAACUUCAGGUCUCUAAUGUCAUGGAGCCAACCAGCAGUACUCUGAAUACCAAUGAGUCUAUUCAGACUAGUUUAGUUAGCAGGGUAAGCAUUCAGUCUCCAGUUAACGUUGAUAUUCAAGAUAUCAGCAUGGACGAGGGCGAUAGUAUCCUUACUUCAGCCGACUCUGCCCUCGGUAUGGCCACCCCUCCCACAGCUUCAGAGACACAGCAUGCCAACAAUUUUGAAAUUGCGCAUCAAUCUGCACUCGAAGACCGUAUUAUGAAUGAUGCCACCACACCCACCGGACCCGCACUUGUACUAUCACCGAGCAUUCCAACAACCAUUAACCAUCAGCAAACCAUAUCAAAUACAGUCCUAUCUCGACACAUGUUUGAUCGCUCUAUGGACUGUCAUGAACUCGCUUCCAUGCCGAGAGAUGAGGACGUUCUGAUGUCACUUCAGCUACUUGCGUAUGUCUCCAAGUACUGUAAUCUCCGAUCAUAUUUCCAAAAAUCGCACCUAGUUCCCAAGUUAAAAGUUGGACCUGAGCUAAAACAACUUGAUAUGGAUAACGCCAAUUCAUCUUUCCCUUCAAAUCAAGCUAAUUCUAGCAUCAUAGCUGAUGAGCAAGAAGAGGAGGAAUACCUUAUCCCUGAAGACUUCAAUAUUUUUCCUCUUGUUGAGAAAUUUACCAUAAGACAUCACAGUCAUGAUAUGCAAUACUGGGCAGGUGUAGUGAUGCGAAAUUUAUGCCGGAAAGACGACAGCCGGGGUGGAAUAAGACAGUGUGCCCACUAUCAAUGUGGAAAAUGGGAACAAUUCACGAGACAGUUUGCCAAAUGUCGACGGUGCCGACGAACCAAAUACUGCAGUAAAGAGUGUCAAAAAAGUGCGUGGAUAUUUCACCGUCAUUGGUGUGUCGCGGCCAAUUCCUAA